CACGGCUGUCAGAUUCAGCCGAGCACUGUUACUGCUGUACGGGCGAGGAGCACACUGACGUAGCUACGGACUGACUUUCUCACGUUCAGUGCUUCAAACAUGGAUCAAGACAACAAUUUAGAGGAUGAGUCAGUCGGCCCAUCAGAGGACCCUUCCGAAGAGGAACUGCCUUGUCUACCUCCAGGGCUCUCGGAUGGUGAAGCAAUGGAGCUGCUGUGGCAGCUAAGAUCCCAGCGCCGGCAGGCGUCUCCUGAGCUCCCAGAGACAGUGAGCACUCUUACUGCCCCUGACGGCAGCAUCCUAUACCUGGUUGGCACUGCCCACUUCAGUGACAGCAGCAAAAAGGAUGUGGCCACGACGAUCCGCGCUGUGCAGCCAGAUGUGGUGGUGGUGGAGUUGUGCCAGUACAGGGUGUCUAUGUUGAAGAUGGACGAGAGUACACUGCUGAGGGAAGCCAAAGACAUCAACCUGGAUAAGGUUCAGCAGGCCAUCAAACAGAAUGGGCUGAUGUCUGGCCUCAUGCAGAUUCUCCUGCUCAAAGUUUCAGCUCACAUCACAGAGCAACUGGGCAUGGCUCCUGGAGGAGAGUUUAGGGAGGCCUUCAAAGAGGCUGGCCGAGUGCCGUUCUGUAAAUUUCACCUUGGGGACAGGCCGAUCCCCGUGACGUUCAAGAGGGCCAUUGCAGCUCUCAGUAUGUGGCAGAAGGCCCGUCUGGCGUGGGGUCUCUGCUUUCUGUCAGACCCAAUCAGUAAAGAGGACGUAGAGAAGUGCAAACAGAAGGACCUGCUGGAGCAAACCAUGUCAGAGAUGAUCGGCGAGUUUCCUGCUCUUCACCAGACCAUCGUGGCCGAAAGAGACAUCUACCUCACGCACACGCUCCGCCAGGCUACACGCUGUGUGGAGGCCCCCCGGAAUGCCCAGAAAGUGCCUGCUGUGGUAGUGGGAGUUGUAGGGAUGGGUCACGUCCCUGGCAUAGAAAGGAACUGGGAGAAGCAGCUCAACAUAAAUGAAAUCAUGAGUGUUGCGCCUCCCUCACGUUUUGGCUGGGUGUUGCGCACGGUCCUAAAGGGUGUUGUGAUGGGAAUGCUGGGAUACGCCUGCUACCGUGUUGGAGGGAGUUUAGGUAGAACCCUGCUAUCUUUACCUGCAGUCCAAUCGUUACUGGAGACUGUGCGGCCACCCCCUGCUCUAAGCCAACCGGGACACGACCUUUGAUUGAUUUAAAACAAUGCAUUUUUCACCAGUGGCCUUAAAAACAGGGAGUGAUGCUGGAGAAAAGGUUUCACCAGCCCACACUAUGAACUAACAAGGACCUCCGGGGGUUGAGAGCCUCCCACCUCGUAUUGAUGUCCCUGUAGACGCAGCAGGGCCGUACUGCCAAAGAAACCACAACAGUACUCUUCGUUUUCUUUUAUAUUUUGUGCAAAUUAUGUAUUUUGUAAGGUUAACAAAUGCCAAUAAUUCCUUUUGAAUCAAUUUAUCCCCAAUAUUGCUUUAAAUGGCAUGUUUUUUAUUUGACAUGUAUCAUUGGAAUCCUCUCCAGUCACGUGCCCUGAUAUGACUGAGACAUUUUCCGAGAGGAACACUUUUCUAAUGCCGUCACCUUAUUCCUUGCUCUCUUUUUUUGGUGCCAGCCAGCAUUUUAGGUAAUUGGCCCAUUUAAAGUCCAGCACUUUAUAAGAUAACUGUACAUGCAGCCUAUGUAAGGGAAAUAUGAGUAUACUAUCAAUACUCCUAAAUCAUAAAUAUAAUCUUGGUGCAUGGAGUGAUCUUCAUGGUGUGAGGUAAAUGUCAAAAAUGUCUGAAUUGGAAGGCUGACCACCAUUUUCCUAAUUCUUGAUCUUCUAUUUGAAAUGCACAUUCUUGAAAACUCACAAAGACAAUUAUUUCCCAUGUGUACGGCCCUGCCCACAUCAACAGACAAGUGCCUCAUAUUGCAGUAGUAAGGGCUAAUGGUGAACUGAAUGGAAUGGCAAAAAUGUGUUAUAUGCAUCUUACGUAUACUACAACCAUGCAAUUUUCUAAUAAUCACUCUUUCUAUAAUUAUAUGAUAGGCCUGUUUUAUAAAAUAGUGUUGCCCUAAAAAUAUGCCGUAUAGUUUGUGUUGUCUUGGCUUCCGUUGAUAUGGCCCCUUCACUUCAUUUUAUGGUCAGUCAUGCAUCAGGACGGGAUUAAAUGUGCCUCAGGAUGAGCAAUGCAUUUAUCUUUGAUUGUACCUCCAAUAUGAGGCACCCUCACAUAUUGGCUUUAACUUGCUCCAUCAGUGAGUAAGGAUUCAUACUUGACACAAAAAUAUGCAUCUUGUACAGAAAGACAUCUCUUAAAAACCUCCGCACGGAGACGUUGUCAUUCAGCGUGCCAGCUGUUGGUACUUUUUAUGAUAUAUGCAUUAUCACUUGCCAGUCUGAUUGUAAAAUGAAAUUUAGAUGAAAAAAAAAAUUGUUUUGUUUCUCUCAAAUGUGUUAUUGAACUUGACUGUAAUGAUUUCUCAGUGGAAUUCCCAUCAAUGGAAAUCUGUUACGGACUUGUUUUGACUACUAUGAAGGAAACAUGACUUAGAUUGGUCCGAGUUGGGAGGUAAAGCCUUACACUGCUAUCACUGCUGCCUUUGACCCUCAGAUUGCAUCCUCUGCUGAGGCUAUGUUACCACUACUGACAUGUAUCCAUCAUACAGAACAUCUUAUGGCACAUAAAAAAAAAAAAAAAAAAAAAAAAAAAACUGUCACAAUACAUCCAACAGCCCCAACAAGGUAUUUACAUGGUUGCAAGGCUAUAAACCAACAUUGAAUUCCAGGUAUUUACAAUCUUAAUUUUAAGUGUUUUGUUUUUGUGUGUGCAGUACUGGAAUUAUUAGAUAAAAGAUGCAUUAAUAAGAGAUAUGAAAGGAGUUAAUUUGCUGUCUUUAAUUUCCAAAAUGGUCCAAUUAACUAAUAUGGGACUUGUUAUUUAAAAACCUAAUUAAACCACUUGCAAGUCAUCCACACAGUCAUCAGUUUUCUUGCUUUAGUAAGAGACAAUGAUAUUGGGAACAGAUGUAGCCAUGCCUCUCAGUCCCUCAGCAGUAGAAUACAGUCAACUUAAACGUUGUGUCUGUCUCCAUCCAGCAUAAUUUCCAAAGGUUUGAUCUCCCAUUGUAUGUUUAAGAAUUGCCAAGUGAAAACUAUGAAUGCCUGUAUUUGCUGUAAGAUUUGUUUCCCCAUACCUUUGUGUGGUAUUGCCAUUGUUAACAAACUAAACCUAAAAUCCCUACUUCUGUAACGAAUUAUUAAAAGAUUUUAAGUAAAUGUAAA